UCAAUUUGUUAUGGCAGGACGGGAAAGAGGUGGAGUUCCCAAAUCAGACGAUUCAGCCCGUAGCCUUUUCCUGCAUACCAGCGGAUCGCAGUAGCGAGUGCUGAAGCUUAGGUGGCCAGAAGUGUCAUCCCUGUAAAUAGUCCUGUUUGUAUUCUACGGUUCACGCAGAGAGUGUAUCUGUACAUACACCACUAGAAGUUAUACGAGAGUGUAUGAUCUUGCCUAGUUUUUAUUCUUAUUCGGAGCGCUGAUAUCCAUGUGGAAUGACGUGUAAAUCCGCAGUUGUGAAUCUUUUCGAUUGUGGAAGGAGGUGGAAUUUGUUUGUCUGUUAAGGUAGAACAUAAGUUACCUUAAUCAAAACCGACAGAAAUCCCUUCGGCAAUAUAGAAGCACAGCCUCGCACCAUGGUGAUCAUGACAGAGAGCGGUCCCGGGUCUCAGCCCAAUCCCUCGCAAGGCAGGCCCCUUCAGGUCGGUUUCUAUGAAAUCAUCCGCACACUGGGCAAAGGAAACUUCGCCGUUGUCAAGCUGGCCAGGCACAAAGUCACCAAAACACAGGUCGCUAUCAAAAUUAUUGAUAAGACUCGGCUCAACUCCUCAAACCUGGAGAAGGUCUACAGAGAGGUGCAGAUAAUGAAGCUUCUCAAUCACCCUCAUAUCAUCAAGCUCUACCAGGUUAUGGAGACGAAAGAUAUGCUCUACAUUGUCACAGAAUACGCGAAGAACGGAGAGAUGUUUGACUACCUGACCACCAACGGCCGGCUGAGUGAGGCAGAGGCUCGCAAGAAGUUCUGGCAAAUUCUGACCGCGGUGGACUACUGCCAUCGCCACCACAUCGUGCACCGAGACCUCAAGACAGAGAACCUGCUUCUCGACGCCAAUAUGAACAUCAAGCUAGCAGACUUUGGUUUUGGGAACUUCUACAACGCCGGUGAUCCUCUGUCCACGUGGUGCGGCAGCCCACCCUACGCUGCCCCCGAGGUCUUCGAGGGGAAGGAGUACGAAGGGCCUCAGCUGGACAUCUGGAGCUUGGGUGUGGUUCUCUAUGUGCUGGUCUGUGGCUCUCUGCCCUUCGACGGGGCCAGUCUGCCUGCCCUGAGACAGCGAGUAACAGAGGGCCGCUUCCGCAUCCCCUACUUCAUGUCACAAGACUGUGAGAACCUGAUCCGUAAGAUGCUAGUGGUGGACCCUGCCAAGCGGAUCACGGUGGCCCAGAUCAAGCAGCACCGCUGGAUGUUGGCCGACCCCGCCGCCCCCCUCCAGACGCUGUCGAUGUCCCUCACCGACUACAACUCCAACCUGGGCGACUACAGCGAGCCAGUCCUGGGCAUCAUGCAGACGCUGGGCAUCGACAGACAGAGGACUGUGGAGUCGCUCCAAAGCAGCAGCUACAACCACUUCUCUGCCAUCUACUACCUGCUGCUGGAGAGGGUGAAGGAGCACCGCAGCCAGCAGCUCAGCCGUCAGGGCGGCGCCUGGGGUCAGAGGCCCAGGAGCACGUCGGACUCUGCUGUCCCAGAGGUGAUCAUGGAGUCUACAGAUAGCUUCAGAACAGCCUUCCCGUUUCCGGCCAAGAAGAGCACCCGCAUGCAUUCAGACAUGGACUGCGACCAGAGUGGCCUGUUUCAGCGCGUGGUGUGCCCUGUGGAGGCCAAUCUGAGCGGGCUGCUGUGGAACCGCUCCAUCUCGCCCAACAGCCUGCUGGAGACGACCAUCAGCGAGGAGGUGCGCCCCCGCGACUUCGAGGAGGAGGAGGCCUCGGUCGCCGCAGCGUCGACUCCCCCGACGAACACCGCUUCCCGGCGGCACACGCUGGCCGAGGUGUCGGCCCGCUUUCACCAGUGCAACCCUCCCUGUAUCGUUGUCCACCCUACUGAGGGAGCCUACUCAGACAGCUGCCUCAAGUACUCCUCCAACCCUCAUCCUGCCCUCUCCAAGCCCAUUGAGGGCCUGUCCACGUUGCUGAGCUCUGGGCUGGGCCCACGAGUACUCGCCCCCGCUGGAACCCCUCUCACCUUCUCCUCCAACCAGCUCCUCCAGGCCCAGGGCAGCCUCCACGCAGCCAGCUUCCAGGAGGGCCGGAGAGCCUCCGACACCUCCCUCACUCAAGGUCUGAAGGCAUUCCGGCAGCUGAGGAAGAACACUCGGACCAAGGGACUGUUGGGGCUCAACAAGAUCAAGGGGCUGGCGCGGCAGAUGUGCCCUCCGACCUCUUGCACCCGCGGCAGCCGAGGCUCCCUGGGGCCCGCCAUGUGCGCCCCCAGCGGCCGUGGCAUGCUGGAGGAGGUGCUGCACCAGCAGAGGAUGCUCCAGAUCCAGCACCAGACCCCGCCUCAGGUGACCGCCCAGCAGCCGCCGGUCCUCUUCGUCUCUCAGUCACACCAGCACCUGCACCAGCACCCGCCGUCCCCUCCGCCCACCAACCUCUUUGCCCCCGCCGCCCUGUUCUCUGAGGCACCCGUGCUUCUGCCCCUGUGCCAGCAGACCCCUCUGGCCCCACAGCCUCAGCCACCGCAGGCCUCGCUCUGGCGGCAGCCCGUGGAUUCCUUCUCUGCUACCUCAUCCUCCUCCUCCUCCUCCGCCUCAUCUUCCUCCUCCGCGACCAUGUCCCCUGUGGUCUCAACCGCUCACCUGCUGGAGGCGCGUCUGCACAUUAGCCAGCACCCUGCCGCCCACCCCCUCCUCCAACACCGGCCGACUCUCUCCCCCCAACACUUCCAGGCCCUGCCACAGAACCAGGGACCCUUCUCUUUCCUGCCCCAGCAGAGCAGCUGGAGCCUGGGCACCACGAGCGCACAACAGCCUGAGGUCCAGGAGCUGGUCUGCAGUGAACAACAGCAGCAGCAGCGUAGCAGCUGCGUGAUGGUGAAGUGAGAGCAGGAGACGAAACACUAGACACUGUCUGAAGUUCACUUGCAGGAGAAACAUGGAGAGUAGAAGUGUGAGAGGUGGUGAGAGGCGAGGUCGAUUCAUCACACUGGUUUUGCUCUUUCAUUCUAUCUCUCUUGUCUUAGACUCAACCCCUUUGUUUGGUUGGAUGAGACCAGCUGAGAAGAGGACAGUCACUAACAAUGAACAAACAAACAGAAGUGUUGAGGCUGAAACCAUCUGACUUUGUUCAUGAUGGUAGCAAACAAAAUAAUGAAGGUGUUGUAUACUUUUAGAUACAGUCUUUUCUUACAUAAAACCAAGAGAAAACAAAAAAAAGAUACAAAAGACAAUUCCACACUUUUGAGCAACAUGCAAAUCCACAUGUGUCAGUACUUGUUGUCGUGUGCAUCUGUGACUCAAACAAAGAAGCAAUAACCAAACUCUCAGUGGAGGCCUUCCACUCUUGUCAGACUCUUGACUCCCCUUACAAGCAAUAAGGAAUGGCUCUUUGCCCAAGGGGAAAGCUAUGGAGAGUGCAAAAGAAUGGACUCACUUGAAGAACGGAGGACUGACUUCCAUAAAGAAAAAAAAUGCUUAUGUCAAGUCAAAGUUGUUUUUUUACUGUAUGAGAGUGCAGGAACUGGUUUGAUUUCCUUUUUUUAAGUUUGCAGACUAAGUGAGUUUUUCAUUUUGUUAGGCAAGACCAAAGUUUUGGGAUUUUCAGUUGCUUUGAUUUACAUGCCUUGUUUGUAGCAUCAGACAUCCUAGACUUCCAAAAUCUCUCAAGAAAAAAUGCUAUCAUUGUUUUGUGAACUGUGAUUUGAAAAUUCGCUCAGCAAUGCUUUGCGGGGUUAAAGCUGCUUUACGUAGAGAAAAACAGAGACGUAACUGGUACGUUAUGAUGCUUUAAAAAAAAAAGUGGAGGGGGUUAAGCGAGCUUCUAGCUUGAUUACAGAAGCGUGUGCUGCCUGAGUCUUCGACUAGGAGACCGCCCGAGCUAGGUGCAGUGUGUGUGUGUGUGUGUGUGUGUGCACACACGCAGGUGUGUGUGCUCUGAGACUGCGAACAUGAGCUGCUUUGCUGCUUUGUAUUAUGCCAUGACCAGUCUGUGAUCCACACACUCACACACACACAAUGUGUGUUGUGCCACGUCUUCUGUGGUGACAGUCAUUUGCUCCUGUUCAUACAUCAAGUAUUUGACCUCAAUCCAAUGAUUUGAUUCAUUAUUGUCUUUGACCCUCCUCCACUUAAAAAAAAAACUAAAAAAACUCAUAGUGGCAUCAUAUCACUACCUCUUCCUCCACCAGAAAUAGAGAACAAAAAGCUUUUUUGGGAAUAGUGCAAUAUUUCACAUUGAAAUGUAGAGAAACCAGGAGAGAAAGCUCAUGUAGGAAACAAAGAGGCUUCAGAUGCCUAAAGUGGUUGUUUUCUAACUUCUUUUUUUAUGAUUGUAUGAGAUUAUUUGAACACAGAGUGUAGAAUGACAUAUAUUCGUACACAGUAGAGGCCAUGGUGACUUUUUGUUUUGUCUCUACACGACACAGGUUGCCUUUGAGUCCUGGUGUAAAAUGGCCGUACUAGUGUAAGCCAAAGAAAAUCUGGAGUGGGGAGAAAGAGGUAGAUGUAUCACUGCCUUUUUGAUCUCCAUAGCUCAGUGUACGUCUUUCUUUGCAUUUCACUUCAGCGAAAGCUGCUUCCAUGACUAGAUGCUAUGGUGAUAUAAAUGGAUUCUCCCUGUCUCACAAGGACCAUGGUUGUAUUUAUAUAUUCUUAUUACUUUACUUGUGAAAAUGAGUUGAUGUCAACUUAGCAAUAGACUUUCUGGAUGAAUUGUUUUGCUCGAGAAACAUUGCUCUUAGAUGCUAAACGUAGAGUGCAAUUGUGUUUCAUGAGCUUUUUUAUUUCAGAUUAACUGUAUGUUGUUGAAACACCACCAUUGAAUUUGCUGUGUCAACCCCCUUGACUGGAGUUUGGUUUGGGUAGAUUUCUCCAGAAGUGGUGCUCCACUUGAAUGCUUUGCUUGGUCGAUUCACAGUAUCUUUGAGAGCGUUUCUCCUUGUCAAGAACAAUAUGAGACAAUGUUCAAAUUUUCAUUCAGAAAAAAAAAAUGUUUGAGGUGGGAUCAGUCAUUACACAGUGUUAACAUUUGCUCCGUCCAAUGAUGUAGCUUGCACUCUCCACCAACGCUUGUGCCUUUUUCCGAACAAAUCCUACACGUGGAAAGAAAAACAGGUUGAUUUUAGUUCAGGAUUCUACUAAAAGCACAUAAACUGAUGACCCCAACAUUUCAGUCUAUGGUUUAAAAAAAAACAAUUUUUAAUACUUUAGUUUACUUUGCUUUGUUGGGAAAAAAUGCACUUUAUUAGAAUAUCGCUCAUUUGAAAAACCUCUUUGUUUCCGAGGAAGAUGAAUCCAGAGGGUUACUAUGACCAGUGAUGUGACAUGUAACCAUUGGACACACUACAACCUUUGAUGCAGAUCUAAAUGUUUCUCAUUUUUGGUUAUUUCCAAUUGCUGAUGUAAUUUCCUGAUUUCCUUGCUGUGUGUGUUUGUGUGCGUGCGUGUGUGACAAACGAGCUUUUUGUAUGAAGGUGAAAGAGUGAUGUAGAAAUGAAACGAUUGUUUUAUUUAUGUGGCUAUUUAUUUGAAUAAAAUUCACUUCCUUAAAAUUCA